AUGGGUGCAAAUAAAACAAAAAUAAAUAAAACUGUUCUUCGUGAUUUAGUUAUGCGUACAAAUCGUUCAUCAGAAGAAAUAAAAGCUAUGAAUGCUAUUUUUCGUCGACAUUUUCCUAAUGGAAAAAUUGAAUCACCUCAAGAUCUUUGGCGAUGUCUUCAGAAAUUCUCACUUGUUCCAAUUGGUUAUAAUGAUCCAACAGCUGUUGAACGACUCUAUCGAUUAUUUGAUGUACAAAAUCGAGAUCAAAGAACUGAUGGUAGUAUUGAUUUUUUUCAUUUUAUGAUUGUUUCUCAUAUUCUCGAACGAGGUACAGCACAUCAAAAAAUUUCUUUAUAUUUCGAAUCACUUGAUGUUAAUCGUGAUCGAAUUAUAACACGUGAAGAUCUGCAAGAAUGUUUACCACCUACAGUUGAAUCUCAACAGUUAAUACAACAAUUACUUAAACAAUGGGAUAUGAAUAAAGAUGGUGUUGUGAGCUUGGAUGAUUUUGAACGAUUUAUUAAUACAAAUCCAAGUCUAUCACCAAUGUUUGUUAGCGAAAGAGAACGACUACGAAUGAAUAGUGUUAGUGCUGAACAACCAACAGAUAUUCAACAAUCGGAACACUAUAUUCCUGCGAAUCGUAAUCCUUUUGUUACAUCUAAAUAG